CGACGUGACGGCUUAACUAACGGAAUGAUUCUUUUGACGCUUAUUGCACGUGUAAGAGACGGUUUAAUUUUAGCAACUUCUAUUGAAGGAGGUGAUGACACAGAUAAUAAUAUGGUGAAAUACACAACUCAAGCGAAAAUGUUAUUCAGAAAAUUAAAUGCUGGUAGUCCUCCAGUGCAUACUGUUGAAAGUGGACCAUAUUAUUUUCACUAUUACAUCAAAGAUUCUAUAUGCACUUUGUGUUUGUGUGACAAAAAUUUUCCUCGAAAAUCAGCAUUUGCUUAUUUGAGCGAUGUUACAAAUGAAUUUCUCGGUCAAAAUGGCACAAGAAUUGAUACAGUUACUCGACCAUAUCAUUUUAUUGAAUUUGAUCAGUAUAUUCAACAAGCAAAAAUCAAAUAUGCAGAUAGGAGUAGACACGCUAUGUCGGCUGUUAGCAGUGAACUUCAAGAUGUUACUCGCAUAAUGGUUUCUAAUAUCGAAGAUGUGAUUCAUCGAGGAGAAGCAUUAAAUAUUUUGGAGACAAGAGCGAGUGACUUAUCGGAUUUGAGUCGGAAAUAUCGUGAAGAUGCUCGACAGCUAAAUCGACGAAAUUUUAUGUUUAAGGCCGCAAUUACAUUAUGUAUUCUUGGUUUCGUAGGCUUUAUCGCGAGGUUUUUUAUUUUUUAA